GGAAACUGCAGCUAGAUACUACAGACAUACAGGGUGUAGGCGCAUAGGAGUGGAACGGGGCGGCUGUGCAGCAAGAAAUGUCGAUGCCGCAAACAGCACCGGUUUUCGUACUUGUGGAGGCAACGAAUUACGACUCAGAAGCCCAGGCACAGACACCGACCUUCCAAUCCGAUGCGCCUACACCCUGUACACCCUGUACACCCAGCGAGACGCGUACAUAUCGCUGUGCCGCCCCCUCUCUCGCGGCAGUGGAGGAGUGGAGGAGGUACUUAUAAGACAUGGAGUGUAGGUAUGGAAGAAUUCAGUCUCAGCACGAUACCAAGCCACAAUGGCGACGAAAGAGCUGCUGCUGCGCGUGGACGAACGCCCGAUCGAUGAUGACGAUGGGCUGCUCGACAUGAGCAGGCUGCGGGACCGGCUCGACGACAUGACAAGCGACCUCCUCGCCAGCAAGCGCAGCAAAGACCACCUCGCGCAGCACAUCACCACCCUCCAAGCCCAGAUCUCCGCCCUCAGCAGCACGAAGACCACGCUCGCAGGCGACAACGCCUCCCUCCGUGCCUGCAACAGCACGCUCAGCGCCGAGCACGCGGCACUGCUCAGCAGGCGACGAACAGCGCAGCUUGAGCUCAGCCGGCUGGACGAGCACGCGUGCAGCCUGCGCGCCGACUGCGCCCGGCUGGCGGACGACAAGUGCGUCCUAGCUGACGACAACCACGCACUAACAGCGCGCCUCAGCGUCGUCAGCGGGAAGCUCGCGCUCCUAAAAGACGAGCACAAGGCGCUGGAGCGGCGGAACCGCGGCUUGCGGGCCGAGGGCGACAGCCUGGCGGAGCGGAUCGAGCGGCUCGCGGGGCGGGAAGACGAGUUGGAGGCUAGGUGUCGCCGACUCGAGGAGAAAGGGCUCGGGCUGGCGGUUUGUUGUGCUGUUGGUGAUUGGGGGUCGAGGCUUGCGCUGGGUGAGCCGGAUUGAUGGACGCCUAUUGCUGGUGGUGGUGGUGAGGGUAUGGGCGUACGGACGGAGGGCGUUUGGGUUAGGAUAUGCUGCGAGGGAUGGAAAGGUUGGGAUGGAAGGACUGCGCUAUCUUCUCAAUUUUACCUUUUUGCUUUGGAC